CAUCAGAUAUAAGCAGCAUGGCUCCCAGAUGCUAAUCCCUCUGGGGGGCGAGGGGGGGCCAGGCCGUACUGUGCAAGAUGUGGCUGAGGCUGGCAGAGUUACCCUGUGGUGUCAGAAAGAAGACCCCUUGGCCAACCGCUCUAUCCUCCACCAGAUGGUGGCGCUGUACGACUACACUGCUCAGGGACCAGAGGACCUGGAGUUCAGCGAAGGAGACACCAUCGACAUCUUGGGUGAAGUGAAUGAGGUGUGGCUGGAGGGACACAGUGCAGGAAACAUCGGCAUCUUCCCCGGCUGCUUCGCCUACAGGGAGAACGCCAACAUCACCCAGAGCUCCGGGUUAUAAAAGCAGACGUGUAACUGCAGUCAUCCCUAAUAAAUCUAUUUCCUGAGAAUGCAGGCAUAAAGUGGACUUCGUAUCGAAUUUUUCAUGUUUAAAAAUAUUUUUGUGGAGUGGGUGUAAAACUGUUGAAUGAGGAUAUGUUGAAUCAUGUUACAUUUCUCUAUGAUACUGAAGAGUAUGUUUAAAUUGUAUCACUGUAAUAUUCAACUGAGGGUCCAUACUGACCUGAUUGAACUUUUUGACAUUUAUAUCCAAUGUGGUAUCAGUAUGAUGCUCGUGUAAUAUUUAUACAAUCACCCUGGUUUGGCAACUUUGAUGUUCCAAUGGAGCCUACAGUAUCUACUACUGUAGGGACUUUAUUCUGAUUCAUUAUCUUUAAUUGUAAAUAUUUUGUACAUUUUAAUUUCUUAACAUUUUGACUCUUUCAUGAAUAAACAUACACAGCGAAAACCACAGUGUACAUUGUACUCUAUAAGAGUACAUUUAACACCAGUCUCGGGGUGUAUACAGGUCCAAGAGUUUGGUGUUCUCUGAACACUGUCAAAAGUGUAAAAUAUAAACUCCAAAUAAAGAGUCAGAUUUGAA